UCCUUGACCUUGAUAUUACUUGACUCACGUGGGUUUAUGCGUUGAUAUCCUCUUUUCUUCAAUUUCUCAUAUCAGAGAAGGAGACACUAGGAAUUUCUUAAGGAUUUCAAUCAAGUAUUACCCCAAGGUAAGUUUAUUGUUAAUAGAGUAGGCUUUUAUUUUCGCUUAAUUGAGUAAAUUAAGUAAAAAUUAUUAUUAGCCAGCAGUGUUCAGCCAAACCUGCAUCAUUGCAGUGUAUCUACUGUAAUGUAAAUCGUAGGAGACUAAAAAUAGAUCUUUAGGUCUAUAUUGCCAGCAACAGUAUAUAACGUUUUGGCAAUUAUCUGUCGUUCAGACGGAAACAGACAGGAGAUCAGGUAAUUCCGAAAAAUGAACAUUUUUUAAAAAGAUAUUUAGUGAUUAGGUGGUUAAAAAACGUGUUUUUAAAUGAAUUCUUAUUUGAUAUUAGAGUUUUUUUUAUACACCUUAAAUUUGAUUUUAAAUCACAAUUUUUAUCAAAUUAAAUGAUAAUUUCUACAGAUAACAAGAAGUAAAAAUGAUAAAGAAAGUAUUAAGUGUUCUUUGGGGAGCCAUCGAAGUUUUUGUCUACGGUGGUAUAACUUUCGGAUGGGCCUCAUUGGUUUUUGUAUUAAAGAAGGAAGGAUUCUACGCAAAUGUCUGCGACAGUUACAAUUCAACAAAUGUAAAUUCAACAGUAGUAGAAUGUGCAGAACAAAAUUCAAAAAUGAUUUUAAUAAUGACUAUAUUUUUGGCGGUUGGUGGAAUAAGUACAUUCUUUACAGGUUACUUUUACGAUAAGUUUGGUCUAGCAUAUUCAAGAUUAUUAGGAGGAGCUCUUUACGUAACUUCCUUACUUUGCUUGGCUUUAAUUACUGCAAAACAACAAUGGAUGCUAUUUCCAGCAACAAUUUUAUUGAAUAGCGCUGGUUUUUUGACAUUAACAACAAACAUGCCUUUAAGUAACCUAAUACCAAGGGCGAGAUCAACUAUAAUCACCUUAUAUAACGGUUUCUUCGCAGGAGCCAUUAUGAUUUUCGAAUUAGUUAAAAUGGCAUACGAGGGUGGAAUAAGUCUUCAAAUUUCUCUAUCUAUUUUGGCACUCGGUCAAUUAAUAUGUCUUGGAUUUACUAUAUUCAUUCUUCCGAGAAAAAAUGUACCGUGGCCGUUACCUAAAAAUUAUGAAAUUGCAACGCUUUUAAAUAAAUUCUGUAGAAAGGAAAAGUAUGUUGUUAAAGAAGAGAAAGAAGAAAAAACAUUUAUUGAUGAUGAACAAAAUAAAAUUGAAACAGUUAAUAACCCACCAAAAAUGACCUUCGUUCAGUGCCUUUUGACACCUCAAUUUCUAUUACAUCUUGCGUUCAUGUGCGUUAUACAAUUACGUUUGAGUUUUUACUUGGCAACGUUAAAUCCAUGGUUGUCGGAAUUGACAGGAAAUGAUCCAAAGUUGAUCAGCUUGUAUACUAAUAUAUUCUCCUAUAUACAAUUAGCUAGUAUUGCCUAUUCACCAUUUGGAGGAUUGAUAGUUGACAAAUUUAAAGCUGAUUUAAGAGUUUUGGGAAUCUUAUUACUGGUGGCAAAUAUUUUUGGAUUAAUAAUAGCAAUACCAGGAAUGGUACGGUCUCUUCCUCUUCAAAUUUUAGGAUUUAUAUGCUUAAUGGGAUUUAGAGGAUGGGCAUACGCUUUCAAUCCUACAGUUGUUGCUCUAAUAUAUCCAGGCGAACAUUUUGGAAAAUUAUUUGGAGUUAUUUUAAUGGUUAUAUCUGUGUUUGGAUUAAUGCAAUUUCCUUUGUUUAAACUGCUUCAUGGACCAUUUAAUGGAAAUAUGCAAUAUACUUAUACUAAUAUUUUAAAGAUUAAGAGCUGGGAUGAUGUGAUAACAAAGUACUGGAGGGAAAACAGAUAUGAUAAAACUACAUAUACAAUAAAUAAUACUGUAAGGAUAGCUAAAGAUGCUCCAUCAGCCCCAAUUUUAAAUGAGGAAUUAAAAGAUGCCAUUUACAAAGAUAAGACUCUAUAUACAAGUUCGGAAGACGAAUAUUUAAGUAAACGAGGUUACUCUUGCGCAUCAUCCCUAAUGUCAAUUGCAAAUACAUCAAAAUCAUUUCUCAAACAUUCGAGUAUAGCUCAUAUUGCUAUAACAGGUAGAGAGCAUCAAUCAAUUGAAUUACCUUGUCAUUGGUGUACGUCAGAUGAAUAUAUCGAAUCAAAGAAUACUUUACCAAGACAAGGAAAAGGAAUGAAUUGGUAUAGAGCAAAAAGGAAUAAAGCUAGAGAUGAUAAGCAUAAAUUCUAUUAUAAAAUUGAAAAAUUACAAUUAUCCAUGAAUAAAUACGAACAAUUGGCUGAUAGAAAUUUAGUUAUACGUCAACUAAAUAGAGAAGGUGACGCUGACACUGGCGUCUAUUUUUGUGAAAAAAACGCUCCACGUGGGUCUGAGAGUAUUUUUUACUUAUUGGAGUACUUAAACAACAAACUAUACAAUAUAACAAGCUCUAGAAAUACUUCACAUAUUUAUAAGCCACCGACAUUUGAUGAAUUUAAUAAACCUAUAGAAGAUCCAAUGAAACAACGUAAAGAUAUUCAAAUAUCGAAUAAAUUAAUACUUAUUUAUCUUGAUAUUGAAUACAAUGUCUAUCAAUUGCCUCCCAACGAAGAUCAAAGAUAUUUUAUGGAGAGAGUUUGCUUAGCAAAUGAUAAACAAUGCUUAUGGAAAUACAAACUUAAACCAUCAAUCUCUCUAUUUGACGUAGGCUUGGAUAAUAUACAAAUACAAGCUAAUAAUGAAUUUCCAUUAAGUAAUAGAAUAGAACUAUGUGAACCGUGCGAUCAGAAGGAUGCUUUUGAAACGUAUUUGAGUUUUUGUUGGCUUAGAUUUGUAAAUAGAAAUGGAGAUUUUAUCGAAGAAUUAAGUAUUGAUAUGAUACAACAAAUAUAUGAUAGAGUAGAAAAAUGGAAACCUACAGAUAUUCUUGAUAAAAGGAAACAUUAUCUUUUAAAAGUUUUAGCAUUCUUUCCACAAGGAAUUUCUUGUUAUAAUACAAUUUUUGAGGGAUACGAAUGGUAUCUUUUACCGAGAACUGAGGAUUCCGAUAACACUCAUUUCGAUGUUAAAAUGGCAAUAAAAGAAUUUUCUAAAAAGCAUGGAACAAAUGUAAAAUUAGCCCAAUCAGAUUUAUUACCUCAAUUCGAAUUACUAAGAAAAUCUUGCUACGUUAAUUGUUCUAUUGAAGAAAGAAAACGACUAAAAAUAUUAGAAGGAUCAACAGAGUUAUUUUUUACAUUUAUAGAUACAUCUGAACUCUUUGUACCGACAAGAUCUAUUGUUCAAGUGAAAAGAAUAACAUAUACAGCAACAGAGGACGAAAUGUUUAAAAUGUUUUGUCCAAAUCCCUCAAAUUACGGUACAGUUAAAUGGAAGAAAGGUUCAGAAUAUAUAAGCAAGGAAAAUCUAGAAAAACAUAUGAAAAUAUCAUAUAGCUAUGCUUUACUCUUUAGUCGUCUAAAGCCGUCCGAUGACGGUUUAUACUUUUGUGAAAAUUGCGAUAGGAAUUAUAAAAAUUGUAUCUUAGCAGGAUCAUUACGUCUUAAAAUUCAUAAAAAACCGCCUACAAUAUUUAGUAUUCGUUUUUAUAGAAGUGCUUUAUUAAUUUCCUACAUAAUAGAUGUAACUAUUUUAUGCGGGGGUUGUCUAAUUAUAUGGUUUAGGCAUAAACGUCAGAACAUCAGUAGAAAUAGAUAUAAAAAUUUAUUGGAGAAAAGUCUACCUAGACAGAUAAAAAAAGUGAUUAAAAAACAAGCUAUGGAUACCUUAGGAAAAAGUUACAAAAGUUUACAAUGCAGAGAAUUACAAGUGAUGAUAGCCACAGAAGAUGUUAUUCUUAUUGAUGUUAGGACAAAAAUAGAAGUUACAAGAACAGGAUUAAUUCCUAAAGCUUUUAUUUUACCUGAUAAUGAAAUUCUUCAAGCAAUGUUAUUGGAUAAACAAACAUUCUCUGAUAUUUAUCAAGUGAAGAAACCGUAUUUAUAUCAAAAAAUUGUAGUCUAUGGAAAGAUUAAUGAUUCAAGAGCAUUUAACUCAUAUAAGAAUCUAGAAUAUUUAGGAUUUGACACUUUUCUGUAUCCUGGAGGUUGGGAAGAAUGGAAAUUACUUGUUGGAAAACAAGCGGCAAAGAAAUUGACAUAUCUUAAUUUAUACGCCUUACAAAAUAGAGAAUCAGUUAUUCUUCACAUAGAUAACAAUAGAAAAAACUUUGAAAACUCAUCUGAUAGCUCUGCUGAUGAGGAAAUUGAAGAGGAAAUCAAUCAAUUUUCAGAAAGUGAAAACUUAUUAAAGUUUAAUUAG